AUGCCGCCCCGCGCCUCUUCGUCGUCCGGCGGCGGCCGCAGCGGCAAGCUGAGCGACAUCGAGAACCAGUUCUACCAGGCCGCCCUCUCGGCGCCCAACAAGACCAUCACCCAGGAUGACCUCUCCGAACGCUUCCGCACCGUUCCCAUCGAGGAGCAGCUCGGCGCCAUCAAUGGUCUCCUCAAGAAGAACCUCUUCACCGUGCAGAAGAGCGCAGACACCAUCCAGUACCUCGCCACCGCAAAGAACGAGGCCAGCAUGAUGGGCAAGCUCGACGAAAAUGAAAACAUCGUCUACUCGCACAUCAAGGACUCGCGCAACGAGGGCAUCUGGACAAAGCAGCUCAAGAUCCGCACGGGGCUCCACCAGACCAUCAUCAACCGCUGCCUCAAGUCGCUCGAGCAAAAGCAGCUCGUCAAGGCCGUCAAGUCGGUCAAGUACCCCACCCGCAAAAUCUACAUGCUCUACGGCCUCACCCCCUCCACCGAGCUCUCCGGCGGGCCGUGGUACACCGACAACGAGCUCGACACGGGCUUCAUCAACGAGCUAUCCAUGGCCUGCCUCAACUUUAUCCGAUCCCGCUCCUUUCCCAAGAACGGCAUGUCGCGCGCCCUCUUUCCCUCGUCGCAGACGUCCAAGCUGCCCUCGGCCGACACGGUCCACGCUUACCUCCGCAAUUCGGGCCUCACAGAGACCCAGCUCGAGCUCGAGCACGUCGUUUCGCUCCUCGACAUCCUCGUCUACGACGAACAGGUCGAAAAGAUCCCCGUCCUGCCCUUUGCCAUGGGCGGGCUGAGCCUGUCCAACGGCCGCGGCGCCGACCACGACAGCGACUCGGACAGCGACGCGGGCAGCCGGAGUGGCUCUGAGUCCGGAGACAGCGGCAGCGGCAGCGAUAGCGACAGCGACAGCGGCUCGGACAGCGGCUCAGACGACGACAGCGACUCGGGCAGCGAGUCUGGCUCCGCCUCGAGCGCCUCGCGCACUCGCAGCGGCAGCGAGAGUGGCAGCGACAGCGGCAGUGACGACGACGACGACGCGUCGUCCUCGGCCAGCGACGACGAGGGCGGACGUGGCUCGAAGAAGCGGAAGCGGUCGUCGAAGUCGUCGAGCAAGUCACGCAAGCGGGGCAAGAAGGAGUCGUCGUCGUCGUCAUCAAAGAGCAAGAGCAGGAGCAGCAAGAGCGGGCGAAAGAGCAAGAGCGAAUCGUCCAAGUCCAAGGCAAAGACGCGCUCCAAGUCCAAGUCCAAGAGCAACAGCAGCAGUGGCAGCAAGCGGUCUUCGUCGUCGUCGAAGAAGCGCUCUUCGUCCAAGGGCAAGUCGAAGUCGUCGGCACGCGACCGCGACCGAGACCGGAGCAAAUCGCGAUCCCGCUCGCGCUCCCGCUCGCGAUCGCGUUCCAAGUCGCGCGCCGCCAGCCCCGCAGCGUCGUCGCAGGGCGAGUCGGACGGGCCCGACAUCGACGCCAUGGACGGCUCGACGCGGGUGCCGUUCGUCUACCGCGCCGUGCGGCCGCUGUCGGUCCGCGUGGGCUGGACCGAGGUGCCGUGCGGCCACUGCCCCGUGUUUGACUUUUGCGACGAGUCCGGGCCCGUCAAUGCCGAGUCGUGCCAGUACUAUGGCGGGCUCGAGGACGAGCUGGGCAGGAAGGUGGCCGACGGCUGGGUCGACGCUGCCGUCGCCGAGGAGGACGAGGAAGAGGAGGAGGGUGACGAGGGCGAGGGCGAGGAUGGGGAAGGCGAGGGAGGGGACGUGGACGACGAGGGCGGCGCGAGGUGA